AUGCGAUUGCGGUUGCUGCAUUCCUUGACCCGAUCCAGACCCCUACUUCGAACAAUACCCAGUGCCCUCCCCCGUGCGAAGCUCACCAUGUCCGCGGCGCCCUCAUCGUCAUCGACCCCGACGACCCACUCGAACGAGCUCAACGACCGCAUCAAGGCCCAGGGCGAUGUCGUACGCCAGCUGAAAAGGGACAAGGCCGACGUGGCCCAGAUCGAACAGGAACUGGCCAAGCUCAAGUUGCUCAAGGACGAGCUCGUCAAGAUCAACCCCAACUCGCCCGCCGCGGUCGAGGCAGCGGCCAAAGCGGCCAAAGGUGCUGCAGGCAAGGCCAAGAAAUUCACCCUCAAGACACCCAAGGUGAGGGUGGGGAGGCAUUUAGUCGUGGGUUCAAAGUUCCUGACUCAUCUCGUUGGAAUAUCUCACUUCGCAGGGCACCAAAGACUGGCAGCCGGCCGACAUGAUCCUGCGCCAACAAAUCUUCAAGAAGAUCACCGACGUCUUUGAGCUCCACGGUGGAGUCACGAUCGACACCCCCGUCUUUGAACUCAAAGAGAUCCUGUCGGGCAAGUACGGCGAGGACAGCAAGUUGAUCUACGACCUGCAAGACCAGGGCGGCGAGUUGUGCUCGCUCCGAUACGAUUUGACCGUGGGUUGUCAUCCUUCUCGUCCCCGACUUCCGUACAUACAGGGUACUCAUCUGCACUACCUACGAUGCCAUACAGGUCCCCUUUGCCCGCUUCCUGGCCAUGAACGGCGCAAAGUUCCCGCAGAUCAAGCGCUACCACAUCGCCAAGGUCUACCGUCGAGACCAACCGGCCAUGUCCAAGGGUCGCAUGAGGGAAUUCUACCAAUGCGUACGUGUCAUGCCUCUUGGGUGACCUGAUGGAAUUUACCGCAAAUAUUUUGCUAAGCUACGGGUGUCUCUAUAACAGGACUUUGAUAUCGCCGGCGCCAACUAUGACAAGAUGUUGCCUGAUGCCGAGAUCUUGACCAUCGCCUGCCAGGUCCUGGACGCUCUCGAAAUCGGCGAAUACACCAUCAAGGUAGGGAAGCUCUUCAGGGUGGGGUCUCAGGCGGUUUUUUGACUUGGGCCACCUUUAUUUAUGGCAGCUUAAUCACCGCAAAAUUUUGGACGGUCUGUUCGCCGUCUGCGGUGUCCCGCUGGACAAAACGCGCACCAUCUCGUCGGCCGUCGACAAGCUCGACAAAUCCCCUUGGAGCGAGGUCAAGCGGGAAAUGACCGAGGAAAAGGGUCUGGACCCGCAGGUCGCGGACAAGAUUGGGGAAUACGUUAAACUCAAGGGCGGGAAAGAGUUGGUCGACCGCUUGCUCGCGGAUGCGCACUUGCCGACGAACAAGAGCGCCAAAGAGGGUAUCGAGGAGAUGGGUUUGCUGUUCAAGUACCUGGACAUUUUCGGUGUGACCGACAGGGUGAGCCUCCACGAAACGGAAUUCUCUUCAAAUAGUAGCCAGCUGACGCAUACCCUCGCUGGUGAUAGAUGUCGUUCGAUCUGUCUCUCGCUCGCGGUCUCGACUACUACACGGGCAUCAUCUACGAGGCCGUCACCGAGGGCUCCGCACCACCACCCCCUUCCUCGACCGCUGCUCUCCCUUCAAUCGACCCUUCCUCCGCGGCAAGUGCUGGACCAACACCCAAGCCCAAGGCCGCUGCUACGAUCGGCGCCGACGGCGAGCCCGAACUCGACGAGUCGACGGUCGGUGUAGGCUCGAUCGCGGCCGGUGGUCGCUACGACGAACUCGUCGGCAUGUUCUCCGGGGGUGGAGCCUCGGGUGCGAUCCCUUGCGUCGGCAUCUCGUUUGGUGUCGAACGAUUGUUCUCCCUCCUGCUCGCCAAAGGACAAGAGUCCAAGCGGGGCAAAAACACCGAGGUCUACGUCAUGUCGCUCGGCGAUGGUCUCUUGGAGGAACGGAUGAAGGUCUGCAAGGACCUGUGGGAAGCCGGGAUCAAGGCCGAGUUCAUGUACAAGAAGAAGCCGAAGCGACCGGCGCAGUUCGACUAUGUCGACAAGGAGCGGAUCCCGUUCGCCGUCAUCGUCGCACCGGACGAGAUGGAGAGGGGCGAGAUCAGGAUCAAGCCCCAAUUGGGCAAGGAGGAGGCGCAGGGGCUCGGCGUCUUGGUCAAGCGCGACGAGUUGGUGUCUUGGUUGCUGAAAGAAUUGCGGGCGGGCCAGUAG